ACAGCAGAUGGCCCGGUGCGGGGCUGCACUCCCACUGCUGCUCCUCGCAGCCGCCAGCUUGCAUGCUGGUGAGGCCUUCAGAUGCUUUACCUGUGAGCUGCCCACACCUGUUUCCUUAUGCAAGAACAUCUCUGUCUGCAAGCCAGAGGACACGGCCUGCAAGACCACGCUGCUGCAGAUUGAGUCAGAGUACCCGUUCCACCAGAGCCCCAUGGUGACCCGGUCCUGCUCCAGCUCCUGCAUAGCCACCGACCCCGACAGUAUUGGGGCCGCCCACCUCGUCUUCUGCUGCUUCCAUGACCUGUGCAAUUCAGUGCAGGCCAGCAGGCUCCUUGGUCACCUUCCCUGAAGGUCCUGGCACCAGCGGAGGUCACCUCUACCCACUUCCGUGAGCUUCCCAAGCCUCAGGUUAAUCAUGGGACCCAAGGGGUGAGAGCCUUGCAGGGGGCACUCUCUGGCUCCCACACUGGCAGAGAAUAAAGCAAGCCAAGGCACAGACGACCCCGUUCCUUCCUGGGUGCCGAGAGCCCAUGGAGCUCGGCUGCAGGAGCACUGGGCUGAGUCGGGCCACUCUGGGCACUCGGGCUGUUUGGACUCAUUUCAUGGAAGGGAGAGCGGUGGCUUCGGGGGCGAAAUGCAUCCUGGGCCGGCGUUCAUGGAAACCAGUCCCAGGGCACCUCAGAGCAGGACCAGCUCCUGAGCCCAAGGGAAAUCUGCCCCCACUCCCAACCCCCUGGUAGGAGGGAAGCAGGAGUGAAGGGUGCGCAUGUCUGCCCUGGGGCGGGGGGUGGGGGCUGGGAGCACAGCACGUGGU